AUGGAAUGGUCAAUUCUUAAUUAAUUCGUAGAUGUCUAAUCUUCUCCUUCAGGAGAAAUAUUCGCUAUUUAGAUGACUUUCUCAUCUAGAGAAGGACAGAAAUUUUAUGUAUAUAAGUUCAAUCUGGAAAAAGGUGUUUGGAAUAUUUACGAUGACUCAUUCUAAGUUAAGUCAGUUAGAUUUGACAGACUUGGAAAUAUGUUUUAUCUAGGACCAGACAACUGCAUAUACACAGAAUACCAUGAAAAACUUCUUUGUGGAUAAAUGGACUUUGAGGUAAUGGCUGAUGGAAAAAUAAUAGCCAUUAAUGAUGGCAAAGGACAAUCACAGUAUGUUACAUCGGAAAAUGAUAAUUUUAUGAGAGAUGAAGAUUCUGGAGUUUAAUACAAAUCUUAUCUAGGAGUGAAGGGCAUUACACUAAAAAUGGACAAGCCUAUCUUUUUGAAUGCUGAUAAUAAGGUGGACCCUCAGUAUGGAGAAAUUUGCUUAGUCAGUAUUAGUGGAGGAGUAGACGGUUCAAUCUGGGGACUUGAAUGUGAAGAUGAUGUAUAAGACUACAGGAUAGUAAAGUAUCAACCAAAAGCUAACAAGUGGUACUAUGUAGAUGGUGCGAGAGGUAUCAGUCUUUCAACUUAUAAUGAAAUUUCUGUCGCAAUUAUCAAUUCUCUUGGCCUGAUCACCGUAUCAUCUUCCAGCACAACUCAACUUAAGCCAGUCUAUUCUGAUGAGCCAGAAGAUGAUCUUAAAAAUUUUGUUUAGCAGUCAAAUAAUGGUACGGAGGAAACUUUAGAACUUGUCUCUAAAACUGAUAAUGAGCCAAAAAUGGGUGUAUAAAAUGCUUCUGAUCAAAAUAAUUAAACUUUAAGAGCUCAAGUUAGUUUAAUUAGAAAAUAAAAGAAAAUUACUCCCUCUAAAUAAUCUGAAAUUCAAAUUAGAAAUAAAUAAGGAAAUCAAAAUGAGUCUGAGUUAAUAGAUGUAACAAAUAAAUACUUAAUUAGAGAGGAUUAAGAAGCACUGUUCAGACAUCAAGUAGAAUAAGAUUUUAAAAAUUUGUCAAGAUGUGUCAAAUUGCAAUAAACCGAUCGAAAUAAUUUCAGGACAGCAAUCAAUAAUUGUUUUGACAAAGGUAUUACAAAAGUUGUGAGUAAAAAUCAACUUCAUUCCUAAUUUGGAUUCAUAAAUACAUUCUAGUAUCCUAAAACUGGAUAACUAUAAUAGAAUGAAACUGCUAUUCUGUUCAUAAAUUUGAGCUCUUCACCAACUAUAAUUAGUGGUUAUAAUACAGAAAAACUCGAAUGGGAAAUCUAGAAAUGCACUCUCUAAUUUGAUCCAAUUUGA